AUGGGCACCUCAACCGUUGUAACAGGACCGGAAACUACCUUACUCCGCUUGGCGUCGGGAAAUGGACCGGUCAAACGCCGGAUCUUGUGUACUCCGCUCCGCGACGCACUUUCUACUGAGAUUCCCGUCAUUGAUAUCUCGCUCGCAUUCAGUAUGAGUCUUGCCGACCGUAUGUCUGUUGCGCAGCAGGUUCGCAACGCCUCAACAACCUGCGGUUUUUUCUACCUGACCAACCAUGGUAUCGACCCGUGCAUCACCGACUCAGCAUUUGCAGCAUGCUUAGACUACUUUCGUCAGGAUAAUGAUACCAAGAUGCGUUCGUGGGUGGGAAAGAGUCGUUACUUUAAUGGCUACAAACCACCAGGAUCCCUGCGCAUCAACAAAUCAGAAAGCGUUGACAUCCGCGAAUCGUUCAGCUGGUCUUACGAUCCCCGCUAUGACCCUGAUGUGAAGAAUGUGCGGGCCAUUCCUGACGAGGCUAGGCAAUUCCUGCGAAUGGAGGACUUUCACUGGGACGGGACCUCCAGCACGCCAUUUUUCAAGGCAGCCAUCAUUCGGUACUGGCAAUCCUUUUCAAACCCCCAGGUCUCCAUAGGCUCGCACACAGACUUCCAGCUCUUCACCAUACUGUGGCAAGACGCUGCUGGGGGGUUACAGGUACUGAAUCACGAGGGCCAGUGGAUCAGGGCUGCGCCGAUACCAGGGACACUCGUCGUCAACAUUGCCGAUUACAUGCAGCGGAUAACCAACGACUUAUACGUCAGUACUGUUCACCGAGCCCAGAACUUCAGUGGUAGCGAACGCAUCAGUAUGCCCUUCUUCUUUGGGUUCGGUUUACAUGAAAGCUGUGGAGUUAUUGACACUUGUGUAAAACAUGGAGAUGUGCCUAAAUACAGCGAGAUUGCUUGCGAGCAGUGGGUGCAAAGAAGAGCGCAAUCAAUGCAUACGGUAGAAUCAGAUGAUGAGAAUGAGGGAUAA